AGCAAGAGAGAGAGAGGAAGAGAAAGAGGUUGGGAAGGCAGUGAUUGCAAAAAGUCGAUCUUGUCAGUUCACAUGCAUACAAGGCAUCGAGCCUGUGAUGUUUGCGUUUCCUCUCAGCUAGCAGGAAGACACUGGAAUAGCAUUGAGAGUAGUUCAACUGUCUGACUCCCUUUCAUAGUUUGUUCAUUAUAAGACUAGAACGAGAUAGAACUUUCAGAGAAGACCAACCUCUGCAUGAAGCAACUCUUCUUCGUUAGCCCUGCACGGAAGCCCUGCACGUAUUAUUGAUAUCAUUUUGUUGGAAGGAGGUUGUAUUUCCCUGAACUGUGCGGAGGUGGAGGGGGGUUCGUCAGAGGCACUUGUUGGCUUCACGUUCUGACAGCGUAUCGUGUUUUCCUUCAGAGAUAUAAGGAGACGAGGGGAAAAAUGUUUUGUGGUCACUUCACAGCUUGAGUCCUGAGCCAGGAAACUAGGUUGGAGGGGACAGCCCACCCUAGCCUUGCGAAGUGUCUCCCAAAUAGUGUGUCUUCAGUGAUGAUCGCAGUGAUGGCACCAACAGAUACAUAAUAUUUGUUUAUGGUGGUAUAGGAUCUAAAUAGGAAUUCUACAUUAGGUUUUAGAAGAGUUGCAUAAACCAUGGACUGUUAAACAAGUAGAAAAAGGAGAUCACUUUGGAUUAUUGUCUGGUGUUAUUAUCUGGUGUUGACUAACUGGGAAAGUUUACUUUUGGAACUUAAUCACUACCUCAAGUUUUGAUGAACUCCUUUUGUUAUGACCCUCACAUAAAGGUGGCGGGGAAAUUAUUUCACGUAGCAGCUGCCAAAGAAAAAAUCAUGUCAGUCUUAGACACGAAGAGUAACCGUGUGACGCUGAAGAUGGAUGUGUCGUACACGGAGCACUCUCACGUCAUCGGCAAAGGGGGCGCUAUAAUCAAGAAGGUGAUGGACGACACCAAGUGCCACAUCCAUUUCCCGGACUCCAAUAGAGGGAGUCAGCAAGAGAAGAGUAACCAGGUCUCGAUAGCGGGACAGAUUGCUGGUGUGGAACAGGCACGGGCUAAAAUCAGGGAAUUACUACCACUAGUGCUAAUAUUUGAGCUGCCAAUUUCCAUGGGGGUGGCCCCCUCCAUGAACUCCCCCAUCGUGCAAGAAAUAGUACAGACCUACAAGGUGGCCGUCAACAUGAAGCAGAGGGGCCGGGGCUAUUCCACUACGGUGACGGUGAGGGGUGCCGUCAACAAUGCCAGAGGGAUGAAAGAAGGGAUAAGCAGGUUGAUGGAACAUUUGACUGGAACAGCAGGGGGCACGUUACCGGUAAGCACGCAGAUCGAGAUAUCCCCACAGCAUCAUCAAUUCAUGAUGGGACGAGGAGGAUUGAACAUCAAGCAGAUCACGCAGUGUACGGGGGCCAGCAUCCAUUUUCCUGAUCCAAACAGCUCUCAGAAGAAAAGCUCAGUCUUUGUCUCCGGAAGCAUUGACUCGGUGAUCGUUGCGAGGCAUCUGUUGAUGGGAUGUCUUCCUCUGGUGUUGAUGUUUGACAUGAGAGAAGAAGUGGAUGUUCAUACCACCAAACUGGCUCAACUAAUGGAACAAUUGGACAUCUUCAUCAGUAUCAAACCUAAACCAAAACAACCAAACAAAUCUGUCAUUGUGAAAAGCAUUGAAAGAAAUGCUCCCAACAUGUACAGAGCAAGGCAGAUGCUCCUUGGUCAGGAGUGUGAAAGUUGUGCCGUCAAUGCCAAUCCUUCCCUCGGCAUGAAUGGAACAUGCCUGCCUGUGCAUGGCUAUAAUGUGGGCACAGUUGGUCUCCUUGGGCACCAUCAAGGAUCCAUACCGGGUCUCACUACCACCGUCCUUCCCACCCUUAACGGAUUAGCUAACCUUAAUAACCGCAAUGCACUGCAUCUCACCAAUACUUCCACCACACCACAGACACAGUGGACGCUGCAGAAUAUACCCACUAGUCUCGCAUCAGGUUUGACGAAUGCAACGAUGACUCCUGUUCUUGUACAACAGCCGGUUAAUCCUCUCUUGCUGACGUCACCUAGAGGAUCCAUCAGCUUCACUGCCAAUGCUGCAUCCAAUCCUGUAGUCACCAACCCAUCAAUGUCACCUUCAAAUCCCACCGCUGUCACCAUUCCAACUGCUGUGCACACCAUCCCUAAUGUCACCCCCAUGCAAGCGACAUUGCCUGUUGCCUCUGGUGUUCAAGCCGUAGCACCGUCCAACCCAACGAUGGGUAUGCCAACAUUACAGACUGCCCUGCCUACUAGCCCCACAGGGGUUCAAGUCCCCCAAGGCUUAGGCUCUGCCAAUCAGACAGUUCUGCAGCCUGGUCUGCCUCAAGGGAAUCCAAGUGCAGCUUCUGUACAGCCAAGCAUAGUAGGAAAUCCCACCGCUGCCACCAAUAUUCAACAAUCAUUACCAAUGAGUUCUGCUGCAGUGAUGCAGCCACCAUCAACAAGCCAGCAGACACCAGUGUUCCCUACACCUGGAUUACUACCUCAACAGACUCUUCAGGCCACUAUGCAACAGAUGCAAGGUGCCCUCAACCAAGCGGCGCGUGACCAGCAGCAACCUCCUCUCCAGAUGACUAUCAACACCAGCAUUCCACCACCACCUCUCCCCCAGGACUUCUUCAACAACCUGAACAUGGCCAGUAGCGCCGCUGCUGCUGCUUCAUCUGCAGACCAGCCCCUAUUCUCAGAAGCGCCUGCAUACACGACAACGCCUCACACGCCGCCGCCGCCUCCUGGGUUCGCCAAGCGGGAUCCAAUGACUGUGACAUCACAGCUAGCUCAGCUGGAACUGAAUGAUAUCACUGCUAGAAACCAAUUUACUAGUAUGUGCAAUAAUAACAACCACAUGAAGGACUUGAUGAUGCAGCUGAAAAGCAUGCAAAUGACACCAUUGCCAAAUUCAGAUACAAAGUGCCCAUCUAACCAAAGUAGCAGCCAGCCACCGACCCCAAGAGACCCUGGCUCCAUAGACCUCAUCACCACGGUAACGCCCCCACUGGGUCAGCUGGGUCAGUCCUCGGACAGGACCCUUGACCACAGCGGAAGCAGCAGCGGUCAGAGCAUGCCUAGGAGUCCGACAAGCUUUGUAGACUUAGUGCUGUCACAGAACAACAACUGCUCACCGAGUAGCAGUAUGAAACUACAGAACACAAGUUUUUCACCAAACAAUAGCAGCCAUGACCUUUCAGGCAUGUUGGGUGGCCAUCGAAGGUCACUCACUCCAGACGAAUCAUCAGUCUCUCUCUUCUCUAACAGCAAUGGUAGUGUCACCCUCAAUGGAUAUGGCACGAGAUCCUCUGAAUCAGGAUGCGAUUCUGAUAGCUCCGAUAAGCGUGCUCCAGGCUGUGAGAGGAGGGAGAGGAGACGGGAGAGAAAGCUUGAGCAGGAGCAGCAGGAGAACCAAGAGGGAGCCGACUCAAAGGAUCAAUCUACUCCAUAUGGAGAGGACUAUGACAAGAAGAAGUUCCUGGCAACUAAAGCAAUGAAGAAGAAACCAAUGGCUCCUGAGGUUCGUGUCCCUACUGAUCUUUGGAGUGGUCUGGGAUUCUCCAAGUCCAUGCCAGAGUCGGCCAUCAGGGAGGCACGGAAGACCAACGGUUUCUCGCUCUUCCAGAUGGAUUCUAAUCCACUACCGACAACCUACGAGACACCCAACCAGGAGCAGGGUGAACAGGGAGAGGAUCCCUCCUCAUCGACCACCUCGUCGACCACCAGCUCAUGGCCUCCUGGUAGGUUGAACGAUGACCCUCCUCCCAGCGAGGUUUCUAACGGUGGCUUUGAUACCACACCUGGCUAUGUCAAGAAGAAGAAAACUACUACUUUCAGCGACAUAAGUUGCAGUAACUACAUUGAGAGCACAACAUUGCCCAAGUCAAGCAAGGGGUUGUGGACGGCGAAGGACCUCAAUGCAUCCCUCUCAUACAGACCCGACCUUGGGGAUAUCUUCAUGAAUCUUGGUCUGGGGAAAUAUACAGACGUCUUUCAGCAACAAGAGAUUGAUCUAUCAACGUUCCUAACAUUGACUGACAGAGACCUCAAGGAAUUGGGUAUCACCACUUUCGGAGCCAGGAGGAAAAUGUUACUAGCUAUCUCAGAUCUCAACAAAACCACCAAGGAUUCCCUUGCCCCUCAGACGUCCAAUGCCAAUCAGGGUUACCAUGGAAACACACCUAGCAACGGUUUCAUCACGGGACAGUCCAACCAGCAUACAACGUCAUGUUGGUAGUGUGUGUACGGAGGAAGGUUACGGAUGCCAUGGCCUUGAAGACAAUCAGAUAAUAUCUUCAGCAGCAUCAAACAUGGGCUGUUCCGGUUAGUCUUAGCUUGAUAUUGGGGGGAUGCCUAGCUUAAUUUUUAUAGUUAGAAGACGCCCCUGCUUUUUUGGCAAUACAGAUAAUUUUUAUGGUCUAGGGUGUAAUAUAACGAGAUAAAGUCACUAUUUAUACUUGAUUGUAACACAAAAAUUGCAAGCGUAUGUACAGAUUUAUCAGGGUAAUACAAGAUAUAGCAGUCAGAUCUGACAACUAUGUCAUUGGCUGGCAUCUUGUCCUUGGUUUGAUUGGCCAAUAAGCACUGGCCUCUGACUGUUACUAUGGUAACUGGCAGACAUUGACAACUUCCAUCCACAACAUUAACGACCUCAGCGUUGACAAGCUUCGUGAAAAAAAUACAUAGGACUUGGUGCAUGUGCAAAUGUGACGAUGUAAAACAUGAGAACAAUAGCGCUAUGACAUUUAACUAUUAUAUGGAUGGUUGACCAUUGAGGUUACAGAACUCAUGAGCACUAAGUGCUGAAAGAAGAAGAAAAUAAAGAUGUACAAGAAAGAAUUUUCACAUAGAUAUCAAGGUUUCCUUUGUUGGAACAUGCUCUUGAGUCAUUACUUGUAUUUCUUUUGUUAAUUGCGCACAAGCAUCUAGAUCUUGCUUGUGCAAUAUAUUAAU